ACCCAAAGCGACAACUCUUGGUUCCGUUUCGAAAUGGCCUAGUAAGCUCACCUCCCACUCGAGGCCAAAUGAGCUGCUAUGUUUUGGGCUUGGCCGAGAUAAGGUAUCCGUAUCUAAACCUCUACCACCGAGAGGUUUUGCGAGUCCGUUGACGGUCUAUUUUAGGAGUCUCCGAGCUCGGAAACGAUGGCCAGUAUCCUGUGGCCGGAGCCGCUGUCGAGCGCGCAGCUGAAGCGGCUGGAGGAGCACAAGUACAGCGCCUCGGGUCGCUCGCUGCUGGAGCCUCCGUGUCAGAUCUACUGGAACUGGCUGGUCCAACAGAUACCGACAUGGGUGGCCCCGAACACGCUGACCAUCGUGGGGCUGGUUGUCAACAUCGUAUCCACGCUCCUGCUGGUCUUUUAUUGCCCCACGGCCACAGAGGAGGCUCCAGCAUGGGUUUUCAUCCUGAGUGCUGUGGGCCUCUUCGUGUACCAGUCUCUGGAUGCCAUCGACGGCAAGCAGGCCCGCCGGACAAACAGCAGCUCCGCCCUCGGCGAGCUCUUCGACCACGGCUGCGACGCCGUCUCCACAGUGUUUGUUGCCGUGGGUACGUGCAUCUCGUGCGGCAUUGGCAGAUACCCUGACUGGAUCUUCUUCUGCGGCUUCAUCGGGAUGUUUAUGUUCUUCUGCGCCCACUGGCAGACCUACGUUUCAGGAACCCUCCGCUUUGGCCUGGUGGACGUCACAGAGGUGCAGUUUGCCAUCGUGACCAUGUACCUCAUGUCCGCCUUUGGGGGCGUGAGCCUUUGGCAAUGCACGUUACCCGUCAUCGGACUGAAGAUGUACGUCUUCCCCAUCGUGGGCAUCAUCGGAGGGGCGCUCUACUCCUGCCACAACUACUUCCACGUCAUCUUGAACGGCGGGGUCGGUAAAAAUGGCUCCACCGUGGCGGACACCAGCGUGCUGAGUCCUGGUUUGCACAUCGGCCUCAUCCUCACGCUGGCCUUCAUCAUUUUCAAGAAGUCGUCCAGUCAGCUGUUUGAGCAUCACCCCUGCCUCUACCUGCUCACCUUCGGCAUGGUCAUCGCCAAGAUCUCCAACAAGCUUGUAGUGGCGCACAUGACAAAGAGCGAGCUGCACCUCCCAGACACCGCCUUCAUCGGCCCGGGCCUCCUCUUCCUCAACCAGUACUUCAACAGCUUCAUCGACGAGCACAUAGUCCUGUGGAUCGCCAUGGUGCUCUCCCUUGUGGACUUGACGCGUUAUUGCACAGGUGUGUGCAUCCAGAUCGCCGCCCACCUGCGCAUCCGAGUCUUCAGCAUCACACCCCCUGGGCCCACCCACCACGACUGACAUCUUGCCCGGCGGGAGGAAGCGGGGGGGAACGCAGACCUCUCCCCGCUCCUGAAAGCAGACGACGAGAGCCCGAGCCUUGACCAAGUUACCACCUCCGCCUAAAAGUAACUACAGUGGGGAAAAAAGGUAUUUAGUCAGCCAGCGAUUGUGCAAGUUCUCCCACUUAAAAUGAUGACAGAGGUCUGUAAUUUUCAUCAUAGGUACACUUCAACUGUGAGAGACAGAAUGUGGGGGAAAAAAAUCCAGGAAUUCACAUUGCAGGAAUUUUAAAUAAUUUAUUUGUAAAUUAUGGUGGAAAAUAAGUAUUUGGUCAACCAUUCAAAGCUCUCACUGAUGGAAGGUUUUGGCUCAAAAUCUCACGAUACAUGGCCCCAUUCAUUCUUUCCUUAACACGGAUCAAUCGUCCUGUCCCCUUAGCAGAAAAACAGCCCCAAAGCAUGAUGUUUCCACCCCCAUGCUUCACAGUAGGUGUGGUGUUCUUGGGAUGCAACUCAGUAUUCUUCUUCCUCCAAACACGACGAGUUGAGUUUAUACCAAAAAGUUCUAUUUUGCUUUCAUCUGACCACAUGACAUUCUCCCAAUCCUCUGCUGUAUCAUCCAUGUAUCCAUUUUGGUGUAAACUCAACUCGUCGUGUUUGGAGGAAGAAGAAUACUGAGUUGCAUCCCAAGAACACCAUACCUACUGUGAAGCAUGGGGGUGGAAACAUCAUGCUUUGGGGCUGUUUUUUCUGCUAAGGGGACAGGACGAUUGAUCCGUGUUAAGGAAAGAAUGAAUGGGGCCAUGUAUCGUGAGAUUUUGAGCCAAAAUUUCCUUCCAUCAGUGAGAGCUUUGAAUGGUUGACCAAAUACUUAUUUUCCAUCAUAAUUUACAAAUAAAUUAUUUAAAAUUCCUACAAUGUGAAUUCCUUUUUUCACAUUCUGUCUCUCACAGUUGAAGUGUACCUAUGAUGAAAAUUACAGACCUCUGUCAUCAUUUUAAGUGGGAGAACUUGCACAAUCGGUAGCUGACUAAAUACUUUUUUGCCCCACUGUAUGAAAACACCACCAAAGAAAAGUAAUGCUCCAAAACAUCCCCAAAAACUAACUUCUCUUAAAUACCAAAUUAUUUUGAUACUUUUUUCAUGCAUAGUGAUUGACUUAUGAAAACAAUCAAAAUAUUUAAUAAUUAUCCAAUAAACAUGUCUAAAUUUGAUCAAUCAGGGUUUGAGAAAAGGCCCAAAAAUUGGCAAGUGAUUUCCAAGGAGGUGUUUAGUGUACGGGCUACACGUGAAACGGUGCACGUUUAUGCGCAAACCGACGAUGAGUAUUCAAACCUUUUUUUUUCUUUUGCAUCUCAUCGCCGUUGACUUAUAAAGUUGACUUAUAAAGCGUAAACGCGCGACCUUUUCUGCUUUCUUCUCCCUAAAGGGCUAAUGGGACAUUCAUGAUGUUGUGAUUGUACAGCUUAAAGCCGCCUUAAAUGAUUCUGUUGUAAUUAAAAAUGAUGAAUAUUCAAUACCAAACAAGUUUGUAUGUGUUUUCCACUGAAAAGCUGCAAUGCAGAACCUUCCCUUUCAUUGCUCCUUAGAAGGUCCAGCGUGCAGAUGAAUCACUGACUUUGAAUGCAUUUUACUCAUAUGCUUUUUUUUUUUAUUAUUCAUGUUGACGGGGAUACAAACAGAUUUCCUUUGGUCUCCUGUGGCACCAUUUUUAUGUUUAAAGGUUAAAUAUGCUUUUCGUGGAUUUUAAUCUGCACUGUAAAAAAAAAAACAAGUGGUGCUGUUUUUUCAUUUAAAGUAAAGCACUGUAAAAACAACCGUAUAUUUUAUGGUACAAUUCUGGCAAUUAAUAAGUGGUACAGCUUUUGUACUUACAGUAAUUCACUGUAAAAAAAAAAACAAAAAAAAAACUUGUAGAUUUAACAGUUAAAAAACUUCAGCUUUGUCACCAUAAUUUUAAUUUUUUUUGGUAAAAUUCUCCUUUUAACGUAAAAUCUAUUGAUUUUUUUUUUUUUUACAGUGUGGAAAACAUCUCUUCCUGUUUCUAUGUUGGAAACUAUGCAUUAAAAAGUACAAGCUUCAUUUUUUCACCGUUCAGUAACAUUGUACCACAAAUUUUUGCUAACAAUUGUGUGUGUGAGGGGGGGGUGUUUGUAAUAAAGAGGUUAUUUUUCA